UCAAGUUUUGUUAUAUUGUUUAAUAUAAGAAGGGUAGACAGUUCAGGAUCAGAGUCCAAAUUUUCUUUCUGUAAAAUUAUAGUUCAUAUUUUUAUCGAAAAUCUUAUUUAAUUUAGACAUGCUAAUGGUGCAGUUAUUACUCGAGGAAGUCAACCCGAAGUUAGUUGGCUACUUCGGUGUUCAAAAGAAGAUGAAAGCAUGAUUCAAGCUAUUAUUAAUGCAUGUAAGGAUACAUUAACAGCAAAUUCUAUUCGUGGUGAAACAAAUUUAAAUCGUUUAUUGAUUCUUCAUCUGGGAACUCGUGAUGCUGCUAUUGAAGAUUAUGCUAAAUAUUAUGCAGAUUCUGAUGUAGAAUUUAUGAAUUUACCUCACAUUCAUGCUACAACAUCAACACAAUGGUUACAACAUUUAUCAGCAUUAAUUAAGGCAGCAUCUUAUGUUGUUGCUAAUGUUGAUAAACAUAAUCGACCAGUACUUGUACAUUGUUCAAAUGGUGGAGAUCAUACACCACAAAUAAUCACAUUAGCUGAAAUAAUGCUUGAUUCACAUUAUCGAACAAUAAAUAGCUUUCAAAUCUUAGUGGAACGUGAAUGGAUUCAAUUUGGACAUAAAUUUGGUGAUCGUUGUGGUCAUGCUCAACAUACAUAUUCUAGUUUAUAUGGAACAUUUUUAUGUAAUACAGAUUUUGAACGAACAACAGCUAAUUUAGAAAAAAAAACAUUAGGUGUAUGGAGUUUAUUAAAUAUACAAUCAACCCAAUUUAUUAAUCCUUCAUUUAAUGAAACAAUAAAAGAAGUUCUUUAUCCAUCAUGUUCCAUUCAUAAUUUACGUAUUUGGUCGAAUUUAUAUUUAUGUGAUAUGCCUGUUGGUUCAUCUGAACGUCCAUCAUCAACAAGUACGAUCCAGAACGAAAACAACAAUAAUGAUCGUCAAUCAACAACAUGUAAAUCAAAUGGUUUACCAAAUCUAUUUAAAAAAAUGUCACGACGAAGAAAAAGACAAGAUUCAAAUUCAACACAACGAUCGGCUUGUGUAAGAUUUUUUAUUUGA